GCCGGCCGUAUGCACCCAACCCCGCUUUGCGGACACUGCGGUGUGUGAACCUCGUACGGCCGCGCGUGUCUAGGCUCGUUGUUGGCUCUUGCAGUUGCAGGCAUAAAUAAAAGUAGUCUCCACGGCGCGCGCGCGCGCGCGCACACACACACACACCCUGAGUGCAAAGGCUCAGCUCUCGCCGGCCCAACCCAAGAGGACAGAGCCCCUGCCCUGCCCUGCCCUCCGAUGGCCGGCGGAGGCGGGUUCGCCGCGGCGGCGGAGCGCGGCCACGCCCGCGACGACGACGGCUACGGAGGUAGAGGAGGCGUGACGGUCCCCGUCGUGGUGACCUGCCUCAUGGCCGCCUCCUGCGGCCUCAUCUUCGGCUACGACAUUGGCGUCUCAGGUGGUGUGACGCAGAUGGAGUCGUUCCUGAUGAAGUUCUUCCCGGAAGUGUCGAGCGCCAUGACGAAGAACGCGAAGCACGACGCGUACUGCAAAUACGACGACCAGCGGCUCACGGCGUUCACCUCGUCGCUGUACAUCGCCGCGAUGGUCUCGUCGCUGGUGGCGAGCCGCGUGACGAGGACGGUGGGCCGGUCCACCGUCAUGCUGAUCGGCGGCGUCCUGUUCCUCGCAGGCUCCGCGAUCAACGCCGGCGCCGUCAACGUCGCCAUGCUCAUCAUCGGGCGGAUGCUGCUGGGAUUCGGAGUCGGGUUCACCACGCAGGCUGCUCCUCUGUACCUCGCGGAGACAUCGCCGGCGCGGUGGCGCGGCGCGUUCACCACGGCCUACAACAUCUUCCAGGUGCAGGGCGCGCUGGCCGCCACGGUCACCAACUACUUCACCAACCGCAUCCCGGGCUGGGGAUGGCGCGUGUCGCUCGGCCUCGCCGCCGUCCCGGCCGCCGUCGUCGUCCUGGGCGCCCUGCUCGUCCCGGACACGCCCAGCAGCCUCGUCCUGCGCGGCGACACCGACAGCGCCCGGGCCUCGCUGCAGCGCCUCCGUGGCCCCGGCGCGGAAACCGACGCGGAGCUCAAGGACAUCGUCCGCGCCGUGGAGGACGCGCGGCGGAACGACGAGGGCGCGUACGAGAGGCUGGUGCGCGGCAAGGGGUACGGGCACUACCUGGUGAUGGUGGUGGCCAUCCCCUCCUUCUUCGACCUCACCGGCGUCAUCGUCAUGGCCGUCUUCUCGCCGGUGCUGUUCCGGACGGUCGGGUUCAGCAGCCAGAAGGCGAUCUUUGGAUCCGUGGUUCUUAGCCUCGUCAACCUGGCCUCGUCGUUGCUCUCCUCCUUCGUCAUGGACCGCGCCGGCCGCAGGUUCUUGUUCCUCGCCGGCGGCGCAGCAAUGAUGAUUUGUCAGUUGGCCAUGUCGUGCAUCCUGGCGGGGCAUCUGGGCAAGCAGAACGCGGCGACAAUGCCGCGGGACUACGCGGUGGCCGUGCUGGUGCUCAUGUGCCUGUACACCUUCAGCUUCGGCGUGUCGUGGGGGCCGCUGAAAUGGGUGGUGCCGAGCGAGAUCUACCCCGUGGAGAUCAGGUCGGCGGCGCAGGCGCUGACGGUGUCCAUCGCGCUCUGCCUCUCCUUCGCGCAGACGCAGGUGUUCGUCUCCCUGCUGUGCGCCAUGAAGCACGGCAUCUUCCUGUUCUACGCCGGGUGGGUCCUGGCCAUGACGGCCUUCGUCGCCGCGUUCCUGCCGGAGACCAAAGGCGUGCCGCUGGAGGCCAUGCGCGCCGUCUGGGCGGGACACUGGUACUGGAGGAGGUUCGUCAGGGAUGCCAAGCAGGAGGUUCAGGUGAACUGCCUGUAGGGAGGCGAUCGAGCGACAUACUAACAACAACCAGAGUGAAGUGUGGUAAAUUCUGAUGUUUUAUUAGUGUGGCGUUAGCCUUGGGCUCGGCUACGUCACUGUCUGUCGCGUGGAGCGCGUGCGCGGGAGCUAUCGCUUCGCUUAACUGGGCCACAACGGACUGGCGUGAGAGCCCAAUUAAAGUUUUCGGCCAGCUUAACGGUUGGAGCUUUCUUUUGAC